AUGGCAUUAUUUUUUCAUUCUCAUGAAUGUAAUCCCAUUUGCAAACGUUUACAAUUAACGCCAUUUGAUAUAUCAACAAGUGAACGGGAAAAGCAUCAAAAACAUCAUCAACGAACAAAUAGUCGCUCGUUAUCGCCGAAAACGGCUUGUCGUGGUUCGGAAGAACCUGUAAAUGGUCUAAAUACUUUAUCAAAAUUUGGUUCAUUUUUAAGACGUUUACGAUCACAUUCGUCUAUCAGCGAAGAUGAAUCUGAAGGUUAUGUAUCUGAAUCAUCAUCAUUAACAACAAAUACAAUGGAAAUACAUAAUGGUGGUUUAACAAUACCAAAACGAUAUCCACAAUUCAUGACAACAUUUAGUGUUGAUCAUUUACCGUUAUCACCACCAACAAAUAUGAUCAAAAUACCAUCGGCAUCAUCAAGUUUCGUUAUGGCAUCACCGAUUUAUUCAGGAACAAAUUCGGACGCUUGUUUUCAUGAAUUAACUUUUAAUAUAGAAGAUGUUUAUCAUGCAGCGAACAGACGAGCGUCAUCAGUAAUUUUAGAAAAAGUUGAAUUAGAUAAAUUUCAAGAAAUGUCAAUUUUCUAUGAAAAAUAUGAAUCAAUUUUGGGACAAAUUCAUUUGGAAAUGUGUAAAUAUCAUCAAGUUGGUCGUUUUAGCGAGUUAGGAUGCGAAGAGUUUGACGAAGAAGCAGCCUAUUUUCAUUUGGAACAAGCGGCAAUAUUAAAUAUAAAAGAAGCAAUAUUAUCAAUGGCUAAAAUUCAUUUGAAUCUUUCAAGAGAUAUUUUACCAAAUUAUAAACUAAACGAAAAUUCGAAUAAUAUAGAAAAAGGAUUUAAUUUUAUGUUGGAUGCUAGUGAAUUACAUGAACCAGAAGCGAUAUUGUAUUUAGCACAGGCGUAUGAUAUGGGCAAUGAUCAAUGUUUUGUAAAUCAAGAUUGGAAAAAGGCGGUCGAUUAUUAUGAACGAUAUGUUUAUUUACGUGAAAUAGAAAUGAAUCCAUUAAUUGAUGAUGAAGAUAGUGGAACAGGUGCAGAGAGUGGCAUAGUGUCACAUGGACAGUACGAUACGAUUGCAAGAAUUGCAUAUUUGUAUAAAACAGGUGGCCACAAUCUUCGAGUUGAUCACAAAAAAGCCGGUGAAUUAUUUAAUAAAGCAGCUGAUCUGGCAAUAGUAUCGAUGAAAGGCCGUUUGGCUAAUAAAUAUUAUCAGGAAGCCGAGCAAUCAUUUGCAUUAGCUGAUGUCGAGUAA